GGAAGUUUGGGAGGGAGGCCUCCUCGGAGGCUGUGGGAGAGGAGAGCAGCAGAUAGAGACACAGCCAGUUUGUCCCUCUCCAUCUGCACCUCCACCAGCACCUGCUGAGCCAUGAGCCAAACCCGGGAUUUACAGGGAGGAAAAGCCUUUGGGCUGCUGAAGGCCCAGCAGGAAGAGAGACUGGAUGAAAUGAACAAGCAAUUCCUGGAUGAUCCCAAAUACAGCAGUGAUGAGGACCUUCCCUCCAAACUGGAUGCCUUCAAGAAGAAAUACAUGGAGUUUGACCUGAAUGGAGACGGAGAUAUUGACAUCAUGUCCCUGAAGCGAAUGCUGGAGAAACUUGGGGUCCCCAAAACCCACCUGGAGCUAAAGAAAUUAAUCAGAGAAGUUUCCAGUGGCUCUGGGGAGACUUUCAGCUACUCUGACUUUCUCAGGAUGAUGUUGGGCAAGAGAUCUGCUAUUCUAAAAAUGAUCCUGAUGUACGAGGAGAAAGCGAGGGAGCAGGAGAAGCCAACAGGUCCUCCAGCCAAGAAAGCUAUUUCUGAGUUACCCUGAUCUGUGGUGGGGGAAAUGUGGUGGGGUUGAAGGGGUUUCUAAUGGUCCCAACACGAAAAAAGAAGACAAAAUUGUGAGCCAGAAUCAAACUAAAAUAAAUUCUCCUCCUCCUCCAGAUGAA